UAAUACACUUUCAGAUGAAGAAGAUGGAAGAUGGCAGUAAGAGAAAGCAGGUGACCUCUCAUUUGCUGUUUUGUGUGUCCACGGCAGUCAUAGGUUCUCUGCAGUUUGGCUAUCACAUUGGGGUCAUCAAUGCACCUUAUAAGAUUAUACAAGCUUUUUUUAAGAAUGCAUCUCUGGACCGGUAUGGAAAAGCCAUGGAAGACUGCACUGUUACUAACCUGUGGAGUUUUGCUGUAGCUGUAUUCAGUGUUGGUGGCAUGAUCGGUGCCCUCUGUGUAGGAAUUUUGGUCAACAGGUUCGGAAGUCGGAAGUCUAUGCUUCUUUCAAAUGUCCUGGCUCUAAUCGGAGGGGGUUUGAUGGGCUUGUCCAAUGUGGCCCAAUCAUAUGAAAUGGUGAUUCUUGGCCGCCUGGUCAUCGGCAUCUUUUGUGGCCUCUGCACCGGUCUAACACCCAUGUACGUGGGGGAGCUGGCACCAACAGCACUCCGUGGAGCUUUCGGGACCCUCCACCAGUUAGGAACUGUUGUCGGCAUCCUUGUGGCUCAGAUCUUUGGUUUACAGAAUUUGUUGGGUUCUGAAUCUUGGUGGCCAUUGCUGCUGGGACUGACCGUGUUGUCCACAGUAGUGCAGAGCAUCAUGCUGCUGUUCUGCUCAGAGAGUCCAAGAUACCUGCUCAUCAACAUGCAACAGGAAGAGGAGGCUCGCAAGGUGUUGGUACGUCUUUGUGGCCACGAGGAUGUUGAAGAGGUUGUUCAGGAGAUUAGAGAGGAAGCCAUGAAGGUGGCCAAAGAGAAAAACGUGUCCUUUCUUGAGUUGUUCCGCAACCCUGUUUACCGGCAGCCCAUCAUUAUAGCCAUUGUCAUGAACAUCUCACAGCAGUUCUCAGGAAUCAAUGCUGUAUUUUAUUACUCUACAGAAAUCUUUAAAAGUGCAGGAGUUGCUGAACCGAUUUUUGCCACUAUUGGAGCAGGCAUAGUAAACACUGUCUUCACAGUCGUCUCUCUCUUUCUGGUGGAGAGAGCAGGACGAAGGACACUUCAUAUGAUUGGACUGGGUGGAAUGGCUGUUUGUGCUGUUAUCAUCACAGUAUCUCUCCAGCUUGUGCUUAGCCAAACUUCACCAAUCAGCUAUCUGGCAGUUGUGGCAGUCUUGGGGUUUGUGGCAAGUUUUGAAAUCGGCCCUGGUCCUAUCCCAUGGUUCAUAGCAACAGAGUUGUUUGCUCAGGGUGCCCGGCCAGCUGCCGUUGCUGUGGGUGGCUGCUCUAACUGGACGGCCAACUUCCUGGUGGGCCAGUGCUUCCCUAUUCUGCUGAGCCUGUGUGGACCGUAUGUCUUCAUCAUUUUUUUCAUCCUCCUCGUGUUUUUCCUCCUGUUUACUUACUUCUGGGUUCCUGAGACUAAGGGACGAACCUUUGAGGACAUUGCCAGUGGAUUUGCUACUGCAGCGGCCUCUAGCAAGAAAGAAGACAUUCGGCCAGAAAUCAGUUCACCGGUAUCCUCGACCACAGAAAAGGUCCAGAUGGUGGACUUUACAGGAAAUCCAACAACCAAGAUCGAAACUAAUCCACAGACUAAUUUUUAAUGCACCCCCCUCCCCCAAUUUUGCUUCUGAUCUAGUUGUAUCCAAUUACCAAGUUGUGUUUUAACUCUACUGCUGCAGACCUCCACUUCUGACUGAUGAGGGCCAUAACUAACACACGCACCCUCUGACACGUUUGCAGUAGCCACCUGCUUGUUUUCAUAUGAAUCUUCAUAUAAAGAUCUGUAUCGCGCACAGAGGUUGACGCUUUAUUGGCAUGACAAAUAAGGACAUUCGUAUUGCCAAAGCUCAGUUACAGAGAAAAGAAAAAUAACAAGAACAAAUAUGUACAAAACAAUUACAGAUGCAAGAAAAUAAAACACAAUAAAAUAAUAAUAAAAACAGUGCAAAUAGUAGCAGUUAUGAGGUAGUCAUAACUUCCCAAAUUAUUCCCUGUCUCUGUGCCAGUAGAGGUUGAAAUUGAAGCAGUUAUGAGGAAUCCCUUCUGCACUCUCUCCACCGGACAAGCCGGUUAUGUGCAGGCGUCGCAGAGCUGAGAUUCGAACUCGUGAGUUUGAAAUGUUAGUGUUGGUGGACUAGUGUGCAUUACUGCUGUGCCACUCGAGUGCCCUCACAGACCAAUUUUAAAAGAAACACAUUUUGAAUCCAGACACAAGGUUUCAGAUGAAUAAAUCAAAUUUGAUCACAAUCAUUAGAGAGCAGAAACAAUUUGUUUAAACUUAAAAAUGGCGAAUACUCUUGAUAUUUUACCCGGUGGUAAA